AUGGUGACCACGGCCGAACUCUCUGCGAAGCUCGAAGCGGCGCUGCAAGUGACGUACAUCCAGGUCGAAGACAACUCGGACGGCUGCGGCACCAAGUUCAGCGUCAUUGUCGUGAGCCCGCUCUUUGAGGGCAUGGGGCUGCUCCAGCGCCAGCGCGCCGUGAACGAAGCGCUCAAGGAAGAAAUGACCUCGAUCCACGCGCUCCAGAUGAAGACGUGGACACCUGCACAGUUUGAGCAAAGAAGGCCCAGCAGUCGGGCGAGCAGCUGCUUCUGA